GUACCUGGCGGAGACGUUGGUCGCCCUGUUCCACCACCUCCGCCACCGCCGCCACCAGCUCCCCCACCUUCGCUUGGUCAUACGAGUGCUCCACCACCUCCUCCGCCACCACCACCGCCGCCACCAUCUUCCGCUGUAGCACAUUCGGCUCCGCCUGCUCCACCACCUCCUCCAUCACUCUCCGCUGAUUCCGGGAGGGGAAAUCUUUUGGCGGAAAUCCAAGCUGGUAAGCAAUUGCGCAGCGUUGCAGCGCACCCAUCGCCUGCUUCUGGCGUAGAAAGACAAGGUUCUGGAGAUGUGCGGGAUAAUGUAAUGGCUCAAAUACGGCAGGGCGCCCAACUCAAACAUGUCGAUACGGCAGCGGAACAGGAAAAGAGGAGGUCUGAAAAUACAUUAGCUGAAAUGGGUGGCAUAGCCGGUGCUCUUGCCAAGGCUUUAGAAGAGCGUCGAAUGAAUAUGGCUUUAGAUGACUCAAGCGAAGAAGAAGAAUCUGACGACAGAAACGAAUGGUCUGACUAG